AUGGCUUCACUCCUCUCCAAAGCUCACGACCGUCUCCUCGUAAAAAAACACUGCGCAGACGGAACAACCGAACCAGCCAACUUUCUCGACAAUGACUCCAUCCGCCCAACCCCCGUCAAAGACCGCACAUGGACAUCCAUCACAUACUCAGCCUUUUGGUUCGCAGCCACAGCAAACGUGAGCAACCUCUACGCAGCGUCUACAGGUCAAUCUGCUGGCCUUAGUAUGUGGGAGGCUCUGGCAUGCUCGCUUGGCGGCCAGUUGCUGGCUGGUUGUCUCAUGGCGCUGAAUGGUCGUGCUGGUGCGCUGUACAGAAUUCCCUUCCCUGUGGCGUGCCGAGCGAGUUUUGGGACUUGGGGUGCUUUGUGGCCGACGUUUAAUCGCGCUGUUAUGUCGAUUGUCUGGAAUGGUGUGAAUUCUGUGCAGGGUGCGCAGUGCCUAUAUGUAUUUCUUCACGCCAUCUUUCCCUCUAUCGCCAACAUUCCCGACAUCAUGGGUUCCAAAUCUGCCCUCAACUCGGCGCAAAUGCUUUGCUUCUUCCUCUACUGGCUUAUCAACUGCGCCUUUCUCUUCGUCCCCGUCCCGCGCAUGAGGAAGCUCGUCCACAUCAAAGUCGCUAUCUACUUCGCCGCCACCAUCGCCUUCGUCGCCUGGACACUGUCCCUCUCCGGCAGCGUCCGUAAGACUUUGAGUGAGCCAUCUACCGUCAAAGGCACCGAAAAGUCCUGGUUGAUCCUCAAGUUCUUCUUUCUGGGACUAGCCAGUUGCGGCACCUUUAUUUCCAAUGCAUCUGAUCUACAGCGAUAUGCCUCUAAGCCCACUGAUGUCAUUGCCGGUCAGGUAUUCAGCUUUCCCAUGUCCAACUUCUUGGUUGGCGUUUUCGGCAAUUUAAUCGCAGCUGCUAGCAAGGGCAUCUUUGGCGAGGUCAUCUGGAACCCACUUACAACGCUGGACAUGCUUAUGCAGGGUGAUCGUCAUACAUCGGCGAAUCGUGCGGGAUGCGCAUUGAUCUCUUUCGCUUAUGUCUACUCGACUGUCUUCUCCGCUAUUUUCGAGAACUCCAUUCCUGCCGGCAACGACAUCGCAGCUCUCAUGCCAAAAUACAUUACAGUGAAGCGUGGUUUCUUCAUCUGCGCAGUCAUCUCGUAUGCAAUCUGCCCAUGGUACCUGCUCUCAUCUGCAGCCGUCUUCAUCAACUUCCUCAGCUCGUACCAGAUUUUCCUCAGCGCCAUCACUGGUAUCCUCAUCUGCGACUACUAUCUCCUCCGACGCGGUGUCUUUGACAUCCCCAUGCUCUACUCUGGCCACAAGGACUCUACCUAUCACUUCUUCCACGGCUUCAAUCUCAGAGCCUUUGCUGUCUACUUGAUUGCGAUUGCACCAAACUUCUACGGAUUCCUCUACCAAAUGGGUGUUAGUGCACCAUUGGGCAUUCAACGGUUUUACUACGUUGCCUAUCCUGUAGGGCUUUUCUUGGCGUUCGGAAGCUUUUGGUUGGUAAACACAAUCUUUCCAAGUAAGAAUAUUCCCAGGGUCUCUGGGUGGAAGGAGCCCAAGGACUUUGUAGAGAGUCAUGACGGCACCUUUGUCAAUGUUGUGAUUGACUCGUCUGAUGCUGCCUCUGGGGAUCAGGAGAUGGGCAAUGCUCAGAAGUCUGGCGCGGAGAAAUAUUGA